UUUCAAUCGAUACAUUCGCGUAAGCAGCUGAAUAAAUUCAUAAAAUAAAUAAAUCUUCCGCACCAUGUCGGUAAUAUUAAAGCGGAACUUUCGGGCGUCCUGGGUGCUGAAGGCCUAUUACAGCUCCAACGCGCAAUCGGGUAAUACUGCCAAAACAAUACCCAAAAACCUGCUUGAGGAUAAGCAAACAGCCGUUCUUCAAAAGGAGAACGGAGCUAUCUUCGACAAGCGACCCUUUAAGAUACACCUGGACAAAGACAAAACCUACAGCUGGUGCCUGUGCGGCAAGUCAAAAUCUCAGCCCCUUUGCGAUGGCAUGCACAAGAAUGAGUUCCUGAAGAUCAAACAAAGGCCCAUCCGCUUUAAAGUGGAAAAGUCGGGGGACUACUGGCUGUGCAACUGCAAACAAACCACCCACAGACCCUUUUGCGAUGGAACCCACAAGCAACCGCACAUCCAGACAGCCGUUAAAUAGUCCAGAACUUCGUCGAUGUACUCGUGUGUGAAAAUAAGAAAUGCAUUAAUUUUGAAUCAAGCAA